CUGUUGCAUCAUUUAACAAGUCGAUUUUUUUCCUUCCAACUGAAUUAAUUUGCUUCAGUUUGCCCUGAGGAAUAAAGUUGUAUUCACAGCAAUUGAAAAUAUAUAUUUGUUUUUGAACCGUUCUAAAUCCGUUCCUGUUUAAAUCUCGGGACGUUGCGAAGCUUAGUGGGGUUCCCGGCGUCGCGACGCGGUCCUUUCCAGCUCAGUCAGCAUCAGACGGACGACGUAGAGUCGUGAGCUGCAGCAUGCUGAGGUGGCUGCUCCUAGUGGCGCUGGUGGCGGCCAAACGGAGCCCCACGACGCAUCACCAGGACUCCGCCGUCAUCGAAGAAGUCACAUCCAAGCAGCUCGAACGCGUCCUACAGGACAAGGGCUUCGUCGCGGUCUUCUGGUAUACGAGAAGUUGUACGACUUGCGACAAAGUAUUAGAAGAACUAGAGCAGAUCGACGAUGACACGGAUUCCUUCGGGGUGGACUUCGUGAAAAUAAACGACAAACGACUCGCCAAACAGUAUGGCAUUACCAAAUUCCCGGCGCUCACUUACUUUAGGGACAAAGAACCGAUCAUCUAUGAAGGUGAUUUGAUGGACGAAGAGAACGUUCUCGAUUUCCUAACAAGUCUCGAGGCGAUGGACCUACCAGAUCGGAUAGAGGAAGUCAACGCAAAAAUACUGGAUAAAAUCGUACAGGAAACCGAUUUUGUGGCUGUUUUGUUUUGUCCGGACGCUGAUAAAUGUUCAAAAGCGGGAACUAACAAACCCGAAUGCAAAAAGUGUUCCAAAGUACUCCAGGAAUUGGAAAAUAUCGACGACGAAGCCGAUCAAUUAGGAAUCGGUUUUGUUAAGAUAAACGACGAAGAUUUGGCUGAGGAAUACAACCUGGAACCUUUGCCUGCCUUGGUUUACUACAGACAUCAGAUUCCUAUUAUUUAUAGCGGUGAUUUAACUAAAGAAGAAGACGUUUUGGAAUGGUUGGUUCAACACAAGAGCACCGGCGAUGAAGAUGACAUUAUCGAAGAUGUUACAUUGAAAACGCUUAGCACUUUGAUUAGUAGCGUUGAUCAUUUGGCUGUUCUAUUUUAUGAUCACGGAGAUGAUGAAUCGAUGCAAGCGCUCGAAGAAUUGGAGCAUAUUGACGACGACUGCGACAAAUACGGAAUUCAGUUUGUUAAAAUUGACGAUCCCGCUGCUUCUGACGAAUAUGGUUUGGACUCUCUACCCUCUGUAGUAUAUUUCGAAAAAGGCAUCCCCAAUGUUUACGACGGUGACUUGGAAGAGGAACAAGACUUCCUUCAAUGGUUAGUCGAACAAUUGGAAAAGGACGAAAUCGAAGAUGUAACAGACGAAAUGCUCGAUAAGCUUAUUGCCGAAGGCAAAACUUUGGCUGUCUUGUUUUAUGACAACGAUGAUAAGAAAUCGCAAAAAGUCCUCAACGAACUCGAAAAUAUUGACGACGAAUGCGACAAACUCGGUAUUGUUUUUGUUAAAAUUGACAACGAUGAUGAGGCUAAAGAAUAUGGAAUCGAAAAAAUACCAUCGUUGGUGUACUUUGAAGGCGGCAUUCCAACUCUUUACGAAGGAAACUUAGAAGACGAAGAAAAAGUGCUCAAAUGGUUCGAACAUCAAAUCAAAAGCGACGAAAUCGAAGACGUCACCGACGAAAUGUUGGAUAUUAUUUUGGCCAAAAGGCAAUAUGUAGCUGUGUUGUUUUAUGAUAGAGACCAAAAGAAAUCCCAAAAAGUCCUGGCAGAACUCGAAAAUAUCGACGACGAAUGUGACCAAAAUAACAUCGUGUUUGUGAAAAUUGACAAUGAUGAAGAAGCUAAAGAAUAUGGUAUCGAUACUAUUCCAAGUUUGGUGUUAUUUGAAAAGAAAAUUCCACAUUUAUAUGAAGGUGAUCUAAUGAAAGAAGAUGAAUUACUUGGCUGGCUAAUCCACCAAAAAAAACACAGCGAAAUUCCAGACAUCACUGAUGAAAUGAUGGACCUUUUAAUUGACUCUCAAAAGUAUUUAGCAGUACUAUUCUAUGACAAAGACGACAAACAAGAUAUAAGAGUCCUCAAUGAACUAGAAAACAUCGACGACGAUUUAGAAAAAGAAGGCAUAGUCAUUGUUCGAAUCGACAACGAUGCUGAAGCCAAAGAAUUUGGUAUCGACCAUCUACCAACUCUGAUAUACUUCGAAGAAAAAAUCCCUUCGAUUUACGAAGGCGAUUUAAUGAACGAAGACGAAGUCCUUAAAUGGCUUAUAGAACAAAAAAAUACUGCCACCAUUGAAGAAGUUACGGACGAAAUCUUAGAAGACCUGAUCAAUGAACACGAGUACGUGGUUGUCUACUUUAGCGGCAAUUGCGACGAAGGCGACAAAUGCGAUAAAAUCCUGGACGAAUUGGAAAAUAUUGAUGAUGAAUUGGAUGAAAAUGGUAUCAUUUUUGUUACAACAGAAGACCUAGUACUUGCCAAGAAAUACAAUAUCAAGAGUUUCCCUAAACUUGUUUUCUUUAGAAAUAAAGAACCACUUGUUUAUCAAGGCGACAUAGAAGAUGAAGAUGAAGUCCUAGCCUGGCUGACCGAUGAAGAUACUUUGGAAAUUCCAGACAGAAUUGAAGAAGUCAAUACGAAAAUGUUGGACAAAAUCUUGGCUGAAAACGAAUAUGUUGUUGUGUAUUUCUACAAAGAAGGUGACAAAAGAUCCCAGAAAAUCCUGCAGGAAUUGGAAAACAUCGACGACGAAUGUGAAGACAAAGAUAUUGAUUUUGUCAAAAUAUCAGAUGAAGGAAUUCAAAAGGAAUAUGAUUUGCCAUCGUUGCCUUCAGUAGUCUUUUACAGAAAUCGAUUCAGAGAAAUCUAUACUGGAGACCUCAUGCACGAAGAAGCUCUGCUUGAUUGGCUUCUAAAUUUGAAAGAAUCUGCUCCUGAUGUUAUUGAAAGUGUGGAUAGGAAAACUUUGCAGGUGCUCAUAAAUGAUGUAGAACACCUUGCAGUACUAUUCUACAGUGACGAUUGUAAUGAAUGUGAUGAAAUUCUCGAAGAAUUGGAAACUAUUGAUGACGACACUGACAAACAUGACGCAAAACUAGCAUCGGAAAUUGGAAUUUUCAGCUUCCCUGCUCUGGUCUACUACGAAACAGGAGUUCCCAUCAUGUACGAUGGAAAUCUUAAAAACGAGGACAAGGUAUUGGAUUGGCUUGUCGAGCAGAAAAGUAAUGAUAGUGACGACGAUGAUGAUGAUGAUGAUGAUGACAAUGAUGACGAUGAAGAUGACGAUGAUGAUGAUGACGAUGACGAUGAUGAAGAUGAUGAUAACGACGAGACGCAAUCAUUUUCGCAAUUGAUUAAGAGCUUUUCAGGGGACGGCUGUUUCUACAUCGGAAUGGGAGGCAGACCAAGCAAAUAUCCGGCAGCCUCCAAAUACGAACCGUUCCAGUGCUGCCCGAGCAAACCGGCCAAAAGCAGUAAAGUAGCCAAAAUCCAGCCGAAGUUGCCGAGUCCGAAAGCGACACCAAAAAAAACUCAAAAACCUACACCGAAAGAAAAACCUUUGACGAAGGUAUCGAAAGCUAACCACGAAGUGAAGGGUAGAGAGAAGAAUUUGCCACCUCCUAUCAAGGAAAAAACCAAUACUGGCAAAGCUAAAAAAGGAUUCUUGGGCACUGGAAACUUACUGGAUGUUCACGAAGUCUUGGAUUGGAUGACAGACCAGAAAAAUGAUCAAAGCAUCGAGGAAAUUGAUCGACAAACGUUGUUCAAGUACAUCGAAACUAAAGAGUUUUUGGCUGUCGUUUUCUACAAAGAAGACGAUCCAGAUAGUCCUCGAAUAUUGCGUCAUAUCGAGUUGAUUGACGACGAGGCGAGCGAAUACGGAAUUAAGAUUGUUAAAAUGAAAGACAAACUGAUGGCUAAAAAAUACGGCUACAGAAAUCCACCUGGUGUGACGUAUUUUAGAAAAGGAAAAUCUAUAAACUAUGACGGUGAUAUAGACGACGAAGAAGAACUGUUGGACUGGCUAACAGAUCCAGAAAACAUGGAAUUAACAGACCAUAUAGAAAGAGUCAAUAGGAAAAUGUUUGAGAAAAUCCGUCAGAGAUCGGAUUACGUGGCAGUGUUUUUGUAUAGUGCUGACUGCAAGCAAUGCCCAAGAGUACUUACUGAAGUAGAACAUAUUGAUGAUGAAGCAGAUGCUGCUGGAAUUAAUUUUGUUAAAAUCGACGAUAAAACGUUAGCCAAAGAAUUUGGUGUUUUUGCCUUGCCAGCAAUUUUAUUCUUCAAAACCGGCUCAAAAGAUCCAGUAAUAUAUGCCGGUGACCUGUACGAUGAACAGCAAAUACUCCAGUGGCUGAUGACGCAAAAAGAUCCUUCAGGAGAUGUUAUAGAAGCUGCAGAAGGCAGUGAAUUGAUUAUGUUGAUCGAUAACGAGGAAGCUCUGGCAGUAUAUUUCUAUAGCGAUGAUUGUGAACAAUGCAUCAAAAUCCUAGAAGAACUCGAAAACAUCGAUGACGAUUGCGAAAGGCACGGAAUCAAAUUCGUCAAAACCACAGAUUUAAGAAUAGCUGAACAAUAUGGUGCAACAGAUUUUCCAGUUUUAAUGUACUUCGAGCACGGAGUAGGCGGAGUUUUUGAAGGAGACCUAGAAGAAGAAGAAGAAGUACUGCAAUGGUUGAUAAUGCAAAGAACCGAAGACAGAAUCGAGCUUAUUACAAGAGUUAUGUUGGAAAGGAUGGUGGAAGAUACACAAUAUUUAGCUGUUUACUUUUACAAGACCAAUUGUCACAUUUGCGAGCAAAUUUUAGAGGAAUUAGAGCAAAUUGAUGAUGAAUGUGAUGUUUAUGGUAUACAGUUGGUUCGGAUACAAGAUCCACAAUUAGCAAAAAGAUACAGUAUCAAAACAUUCCCAGCUUUGGUUUACUUUAGAAACGGAAAUCCUCUACUUUUUGAAGGAGAUCUUCAAAAUGAAGCAAGCGUUCUUGAAUGGUUGACAGACGAUGAUAAUAGAGAGUUGGCAGACGAAAUUGAGUCAGUUAAUGAAAGAAUGCUUACUAGAUUGCUCAGCGAAUCGCCAUUUUUGGCAGUUUUCUUUUAUGACGAAGAUUGUCCAGAAUGCGACGAAAUUCUGGAAAAUCUGGAAAAAAUUGACGGAGAAGCUGACUUAUUCGGUAUAGAUUUUAUCAAAGUAUGUAGCGCCCAAGCUGCAGCCGACCAAGGACUACAUACGUUGCCAGCUCUGAUGUAUUUCAGGAAACAGAAACCAAUGGUAUAUGAGGGAGAUCUUACACAAGCGGAUAUGGUUUUAGAUUGGCUCACAUCCCAAGAUGUUUUUGAAAUCAAAAACGAAAUUGAAGAGGUUAACAAGAAAAUGUUGGAAAAGUUAUUAGAGGAAAACGAAUUUGUUACUGUGUUUUUUUAUGAAAUCAACUCAGAAGAAUCACGUAAGAUAAUGGACAAACUAGAAAACAUCGACAGUGAAACUGACAACUUCGACAUCACUUUUGUUAAGAUGGCAGACGCGCGUUACGCCCGCAAAUGGGGCGUAACAAAUUUACCUGCGAUCGUUUACUUUAGGCGCAGGUUCCCCAGCAUUUACCGAGGCGACUUACAUUCCGAAAAAGACGUUCUUGAAUGGCUCCGGAAAAAUCGCUAUCGACAGCCAGAAUUGAACAUAUUCAUGUACGCACUUUUAGCCAUAGGGGUGGCUUUCGUCAUCUACACCGCCUUUUUGCUUCAGUGCUUCAAAACGCCCCACACCACGCAGAUUGUCGCGCAUCCUAAACAGAGCUAGAACGAUUGUGUGAGUGGCGGGAGAAUAAGAGAUGCGUGACUGGUGCGAAAAAAAAUUAAUGUAGUCAAAUAUCAGUGAUAUAAAGCCAAAAGCUGUCAACUGAAAAUGUUGAUUAAUUAAUGAGCUGUUGUUGCAGAAAAGAAAAACGUCACAACUUGCAUUUUCAUUCAAAACAGCUAUAUUUGAUUUAAGGACAUCAUUAUACAAGAUGAUUUUCUUUAACAUUAUUAGGAACGUCAAAGAAAAUCAUCUUGUGCAUACAGUAAAGUGUUCACUUUACUUUCGGACCAAAUAAAUGUGUUCUUUUAGGAAUUGUACUUGUUGAUAGCUAGCGAUCUUAUGACAUUUCUUUUUUUAGUAUUUAGUUUUUUUUUUUUUUAAUUUCUGACUGUACUUUUUUGUCUAUUAGCAUUCCCAAAAAGUGUGAGGGGAAAUAUUUUGUCAAAAUUAAUUGUAGUAUUUUUUUUGUUGUAUAAAUUAAAAGGUUUGUGCCAAUUAAACCAUCACAUUCUUGCUCAAGGCGUGAUCGUUUUCAAUUGGUUUUUUAUGAAGUUGGAUCAAACUCAAAAUAUAGCAGCGGUUUUUUGAUUGUGACGAUAUGUACAUAUUGUAAAUAAAGGAAAAGUUAUAGGAUGU